AAUUGAGCAACAAAUCGAUAAGAAAAUCAGUUGCUCGGCGACCUCGUUAGCGUAUGAUACGGUAACGGAACGAAUCUGGGCCAAUCAAUAAUCAUAAGAAGCAGAAACAUAUCAGAAUGCUACCAAUGCCAAGUACAAAUCAGGAUCUCCGAUGUCCCGGCUUCUGCGAUUGUCGCUUUCCCAGCUCCAUCGAUGUGGCGAAUCACAAAGGCAAUAUACCCGAUAUGGUGACGUGCCGCUGUGGUGAGGACAGUGGCAACGGCUUGCAGUGGCAAUGGUAUAAAGAUGACGAAUCCGAUGCGCACAUCGUUGGCAGAAAUAUCAUAUUCCAUCCCACAUACAGUCAGGGCACGGCCAUUGCACGCGGGGAGCAGCCGCUGCAGCACGACAAAGUGCAUUUCUGGGAGAUGCGUGUUAUUACAGCGCUAGCGGGCACAGAUGUGAUGUUUGGCAUAGGCACCGAUAGCGUUAAUCUGGAGCAGUUUAAAUUUCAUUUUGUCUCCGCAUUGGGCACAAAUGCACAAUCCUGGGGCUAUUCAUACAAUGGCAAAAUCCAGCACUGCGGCGAUCAGUUGCCCUAUGGCCAAAAGUUUUCACAGGGCUGCCUGGUGGGUAUCUUUUUGGAUCGCACUCGUGGCCAUUUGGAGUUCUAUUUGAAUCGUCGUUCAUUGGGCGUUGCCUACACGAAUAUUCCAACAGAUCCGCAUGUCAAAAUCUAUCCAAUGGUCUGUUCCACAGCUGCCAAGUCAGUCAUACGCUUGAUUAACUCCACAUCGCAGCCGGCAACGUUACAGCUGAGAGCAUUUCAAUCGCUUGUAAAGCAUCCAGAGAAACUGGAAGAACUGCGGCAAAUGCCUGGCUUGAAGAGCAUCAUGCAGUCGUAUUGGUUUCUAGCUCCUCCCGUGCGUUACUCCCGGUCCUCUACAGAUUACGAACUCGAUCUGGGCGAUGAGGCGGUGCUGUCAAGUUCCAAGUUACGCUUGGGGAGAAAACAAAAGUAUAGAGGGUUAAGAGCAGACCAUUGAAUAACAUUAUCCGUGGUGAUAGCUGUUUAUGAUUCCAUCUAAUAUUUACACCAAAUAUUUAUAAAGUAAUUAUCUUAUCUGUUAAAUAAACAUGUAAUGUAAUGAUAAGACCAUAAUAAGACAUUACAUUUCUCUAAGCAAAAAUAAAUCAAAAUAAACAACUAUUUACACAUUCUGACUAAUAAUAAA